UGCACAGAUAUCACAAACACGCAGCUCCAAAGUGCAGCUUUCAGAUGCAGUAGACUGGAGUGGCGGCUUAGCAGUGCCUAUAGCAUAGAUCUACAUCACUAUGCCUGCAAGUGUCCCCGUGUCUCCUCUCUCUGACAGGGCUCCGGGUCAUGGGCUGCUUCAUGCUGGGUCAGUUGCCCUCGCCAUCGUAACCCAGGUGUGUGCUGCAGUUUUCUAUGGUCUGGCUAAGGAAAACACUGUUCCCAAUGGAGUGUUUGAGACGUCCUCUGGGAAUGUGUCUAAGCUGUGGAGCCUGGAGGUGACCAUGGAUCGCUGGGCCCAAAACAACUGGCUCAUGGUGGACUGCUGGUCUCUGGUCUCGCUGGUGGAGGCAGUGUACAGGCUGUGGAAGAGAAACGUAUUCGGUCCAGAGGCUUGUAACCCCGAGCUGCACCCUCCACUCUUCUACCUGAUGUGGGCCUCCGUCAACAGUGCGCGCAUCUGCUGCAUGCUCAUGUGGGACAGACAUGAAAUAGUGGCAGCUUUUGUAUUUUCCGCAAUGCAACCACCCAUCGGCUUCUACAUGCUCUACACCUCCUAUUACAAUCUUAACAAGCACAAAACUUGGCUCGCCAUCAACAACCGCAAUGUCAUUUGGUGGAUGCGCUACUUGGCCCAGAGUGGCUUGGCCUUGUCUUCCUGGUGGACUAUCCAGAUAGCUGCAGUGAACUUUGGCAUCGUGCUCAAGUAUAAGGCCGGGGUACAGGAUCCAGGCGCCAGCACUCUUGUCCUAACUACUGUCCUUUUGGCUACUGUCAUCUGGUUCUUUCUACAGAGUGUGUUUUACCUUAAAUACAUGCGUUACACAUUCACGGUUUAUCCCAUUCUAAUCCUGGGUCUUGGCGCUAUGUUCACUACUAGUUUCCAAGUCAACAACAUAACUGACAAUACUGUCUACUGUGGUUUCCUGAUGCUGCUGAUCACCAUCAUGUGCUCUGUCCACCUCAUUCUAGCCUGCAUGUACAAAGGCUCCUCACAUAAGCCUGGCCCGGUCCAGCCUGGUCUCACUCUGGAGAACUGUGCGGUCGUGUGCCAACAUGAUAGCAAAGGCAAAAUGCAAAUACAGGCAUAGAAUAAACUACAGCAAUAAAUGUACAUUAAUAACCACAGACUUUGAAGAUAUGGGUUAUUCUGACCACCAGGGAGCAGCAUUUGUCCUUGCAAAACCUUGAAGUUACUCAGAUAAGCACAACAACAGCAAUAGUGAAAAAAUAAUUCAUUAUUCAAAACCCACAUCUAUCAAAA